CCCGCCCGCCCCGGGGAGCGCGAGAGCGGCGCGGGCGGGGCGCACCACUGAGGGCGCGGGGGGGCCCGGGGCGGGAGGCGGGGCUCCAGCCUGCGGCGCCAGCGGCCUCCGCCGCGUCCCCCCCUCAGCCGGCCUUGCGAGGUGGUUCGCUCCGGCCGCGCAGCGCUCGCGGGUUCCCAAGCCCGCGGGCCCGGCGCGGGCAGCGGCGCACCGGCCGGCACCAGCGCCGAGGGCUCUGCCGCCGCAAUGUUGGGGCUGCUCAUGGCGUUGCUGGCCCUGGCGCUCGCCUACUUCGCGCUGCUGGACGGCUGGUACCUGGUGCGCGUGCCGUGCGCCGUGCUGCGCGCGCGCCUGCUGCAGCCGCGCGUCCGCGACCUGCUGGCCGAGCAGCGGUACGCGGGCCGCGUGCUGCCCUCAGACCUGGACUUGCUGCUGCACAUGAACAACGCGCGCUACCUGCGCGAGGCCGACGUGGCGCGCGCCGCGCAUCUGGCCCGCUGCGGCGUGCUCGGGGCGCUGCGCGCGCUCGGGGCGCGCGCGGUGCUGGCCGCCUCGUGCGCGCGCUACCGCCGCUCGCUGCGCCUGCUGGAGCCUUUCGAGGUGCGCACCCGCCUGCUGGGCUGGGACGACCGCGCUUUCUACCUGGAGGCGCGUUUCAUCAGCCUACGCGACGGUUUCGUGUGCGCGCUGCUGCGCUCCCGCCAGCACGUGCUGGGCGCCUCGCCGGAGAGCGUCGUGCAACACCUGUGCAAGCGCAGGGUGGAGCCCCCUGAGCUGCCGGAAGACCUGCAGCACUGGAUUGCUUACAACCAGGCCAGCAGCCAGCUGCUCCGGGCCGAGAGUGGGCUCAGCGAUGCCGUCAAGGACCAGUGACCACCGUGCCCUGGCCACCAGCUUCCACCUGGGGGCGGUUGCCCAGCCAUCCCCGCCUGCCCCGGGACAGAGCGUGCAGAAUGGGCUGGCCGGGCUGGGCUCUCUCUGAGCUGGAGUGGCCUUGUGACCAGCCCAGCCCCCUUUACCCGCUCGGCCUCCCUCCCCCCACCCCCAUUACUGAUGCCCCUCUGUGCCUCGCCCCAUACUGGGCACAAGAUGGGGUGACACAGGCGUUCUGACCCAGCUCAGCCUUCAGAGUGGAGACGGUGGGCAAAGUGGGAGACCCAGGGCCCUUGGUGUACGGGCUGGGGGUGGG